UCCUCUCUGCGUAUAUUUCAACCCGGGCAACACCCACGCGGCUAAAGGUCCGAGGAGACUGCAUCGAAAGCAAAGAGAAAUACUACAUAUCUAAUAGGUCAGAGUAUUUAGCUAAACUUGGCAAUGAAUGUCUCUUUUCUUAAGCCUAAUCAUAUGAUUCUUCUCCUAGCCGGGAUAUUAAUGGCUAUUUUGCUAGCCCGGUCGAUCAUGUUACGAGGUUGGCGCAUCUCCUGGUCCUUGGUCCAUUCUAGAUCGCCAAAAGUCUUCCCCCUUUUUUAUUCCUGUUGCACUUUGUGGUUUGUGAGGCAUUUUCUUUCCGCUGGUUUGGUCCGAUUUGGGGUCGCUUAAGCACCCCGCUUGGAGUAGAGCCAGUUAUUGUGUACAGAGCUUGGCGAUCGACUUCUUUCUCGAAUGCAUGUUACGCGGAUG